AUCAUCCCUCUCUCUUCUAGCUCUCUUUAUGGACGAACUAGAUGGAGAAAGAGAAACAAAAGAUUUCAUGAACGUUGAAUCUUUCUCUCAACUUCCAUUCUUCCGUCGUCCUCCCUCCAAAGAUAAGAGCUCUAAACCCAUUCGUCUAUUCGGAAAAUAUUUCACCGGCGGAGAUUACUUCGGUGAAGACCACUCCGAGAUCAACAACAAAAAAGAUAAAGAAAAAGAAGAAGACCAAACCGAAGAUGACGGUAAGGACAAUAGCAUAAACAACAACAGAAGAUUCGAGUGUCACUAUUGUUUUAGAAACUUCCCUACUUCACAAGCCCUAGGUGGUCACCAAAACGCUCACAAACGAGAACGCCAACUCGCCAAACGCAAUGCUUCCUCUUACUUUCAUCAUCCCGACGCUAACCUCUACGGUUACCAUCACUACCCAUCCUGGAGCAGCGGGUCAUUACCGGCCGCUAGGUUCUAUGGUGCUGGACACACUUUAGGCACGUCAUCCUCGUAUGGCACACGACCGAAUGGGAGUCCAUUUGGACUAUGGCGUGUACCGCCCUCGUCGUCCAGUGUUAAAGGCAGUUAUAACACAGACGCAGGGUUUACUAGUCAUCAUGACUCUUAUAAUAACUCGACUUCACCGUUUUUGGUCGGUUCUCAACCGCAUCCACCGUUACAUGUGGGUGGCUCUUCAGCUCAGAACCGCAUGUCCUCAUACGGGCACGGUUUGAGCCCCAGUUUAAAAGAUAAUGUGAGUCUCGAUCUUCAUCUUUAACGUUACGAAGGAAGACAAACUAAAUGUCCCUUUUACUCAUCUUUUAACUAGUUCCAUUAUAGUAAGAUUUAAGAUUGUCGUGUAACUUAGGGAAAUAAAAAACAACAUGGUGUUUAGAUUUGUGAAUGAGAAAAGGCACGAUGUGUAGAUCUCAUGUUUACGUAAUUAAUCUGGCUAAGAGUUGAUAAUAUAAUGUUCUUAACUUCAUCGAUAAUAUUAAAUAAAAAAACAAUUAUAUGUUUUUCCAAACGUGCGUAAAUGAGAGAAGAAAUUAUCGUUUCACGUGUCCACAACAAUUAUUGGCUUUGAAGUUUCAGCAUCAAACAUUAUUGUUUCGGGUGAAAUUCAGAGAAAUGGUCAGUCAUACUAAUAAAUAUUCAACUAAUAUAUCACUCAGCAAACAUAAACUUUCAACAAUAGGAUCAUAGAAUGUUAAUGAACACAAAGUUCUUUAUGUACAAUGGACUCAUCUCCAUGCCCUAGUAAAAAAAAUGGAAACUCAAGAUUUUAACAAAAAAAAAAAAAACACUCAAGAUGGGUAACUGAUGAUUAAUUGCGUAUGGGUACGUGAAGACAAUGGACAAGACAAAAGUGUAGAGAGAGACAAAGAGAGUGAAGUGGUCCAUCACAAAACAUGUACAAAUGUAUAGUUUGUGAUAGAGCUUUCUCAUCUGUCCCUGAUAUAUGUUACUAUUCUCUUCUUUUUUUGAAACACUAUGUUACUAUUCUCUUACCUUUGCAAUUUCGAGUAAAAAAACAUAAACAAGAAGCUAAAGCAAAGAAAAAUGCCUCAAGCUUUCUACUUUUGUGUUUUGCUUUUCUUCUCUUAAUCUUCUUUUUGGCAAACAAAAGGAACUCGAGAAGUUGUGAAUUUGUGAUUCACUUAACAGAUGCCAACCUGAAGGGUUCGUCUUGUUGCAUUCAAAAGGACAUAUUUUGAUUUAAGGCAUAUCUGUAUAUGCACUACAAGAUAUCAGACAAUGGCAAUGACCUAAAAUGGUUUCUACGACAAAAAAAUGGUUUCUACGACAAUGACCUUAUAUACCUAAUUAACUAUGUAGUUUUAUUAUGUAAAAGCAUGUUUAUUGGAGGGUUCUUCUCUUAACUUUUUUAGUUAAAAAUUAAGAGACGGUUUCUUAUAUUCCGCUAAGAACCCAAAGACUUAGUCAUCAGUUUUAUAACAGGGAAGGGACCAGAUGCUGCAACCUCAGCCUGUAGAUCAAAAAGGAAGUGAUCAGGUUUUUAAAACAUUUUUUUAUGGACAAGUUUGAACAUAACUUUUGCAAUAAGGAUGUUUCAGUUGUCACCAAUAGUAGUAUCAACACAAAAGAUACAGAAAGAUUGGAAAGACACACCUGCCCUCCUGGAACAGUCCCUCAGCUACAAACAGUACUAGUUGAGAGUUGAAGUUUUAGGAAACUACCUACUAGGAGAAUACUGUCAAAAGAGUUAACAUCAGUAGCAGCUACAAGUGGACCUACCAGUUACUCCAAUUGAGAAGGAAGCAUGUGAUAACUGUACACAAGUAAAGACAUUGUAGAAAUCUUAUGGGACCACUUUUGUGUUCAGUUGUUUUUGUAAGAUGUGGAAAGAACUUGGUAGAAUCUAAGGAACAGUGACCCAUACCCCUAUGAGAAAAGUUGCAAAGCUGAGGAUGAUAGUUCGAACAGUACAAAUCUCAGAGCACUAACUGAUGGUUUUGGGUAAAGUUAAAGGUGUAAAGCAAGACCAUGUGGUUGGAUAAUUGAGAUGAUUGUUUCCCUUUGAGUCCUAAAUUUAAACAUCCCCAUGCUUUUGUAUCUUUUCUUUCUAUGCUCUUCUUUUGGUGAUAUUGCAUCACUCCUAAGAAAGUUAUAUCGGACUGUAGGAUAAUUUAGCAACCUUAAUAGCCAAAGCUGAAAAACCCACAGGUCAAGUUAGCUACCAAGGCUCAUGUAGUUCUAUAACUAUUUUUAACCUGGGCUCAGUAAGAUACUGUAGGCAAUCAAACAACAUGAAGGCAAAGAAACAGUACUAGAUACAGUAAAUAUUUGUUUUAUGGACCUGGUUCUAAAUAAUGCAAGUUACAAAUAACAACUAGAAGAAGAGAGGUCAAGAUCUUGAAAUAUUUGCAAGCUGGAUAUUAGUAUCACAGUUAUGCUCCAGCAGGUACAUAUAGUUUCUUACUUGGCAAUUAUGCAUGACUUUAGUUUAGCUACACUUUCUGAGUUCAAGCACAGGGUGUGUUUCUCUUUGAUGUCAUGACUAUAUACAACAGCGAAAGUCCCCUACUGUGAAGCACUUGAGGAGGUUUUAAUGUGAGGUGAUUGUUAGUGGACAAGCUUUUGAAGUGCCUAACCAACACAUGUCAGUAUUCAGAGAAAGUUAUAUAAUUCAGGUGCUUUCCGAAAAGUUACUGAUGUCUACAGAAAACGAGAAAACAAAAAUAUAACGGUAGCAGCUAAUAUCAAGCCACCGCUAUCAAAUGGAAGAUAUUGCAUAUGUAUUAGCAGGGCCGGCUCAGUUGGGAGGACAAGCGGUGCGAUCGCCCCGGGCCCAAGCCCGUGUCCCCCGUAUAAUAAUAAUUAAGGGGCCCAAUUUUUUUUAUAAAUCUAUAUUUUUAUAUAUAAAAAAUUUAUAAAUAUAAUAAAUCAAAAUAAAAAGGAUCCAAAAUUAUUUGAUAUGUAUAUAGUUUUUAUUUUCAUUACAAAUAUAUACAAAAUAUUAUAUAUUAAAUUUUAAAUAUUUUAAACAUUAUAUGUAUAUAAAAUUUAGAGGGUAAAAUUUUUUUUUUUGCCCUAGAACCCCUAAGAAUGUUGAGCCGGCCCUGUGUAUUAGCACUGACAGAGAUACAAAAUUAACGAACACGGUGGGGAAUGUGAGUUUGUUGCGAGUAACUUCACCUAUGACUUUUAUGUAACAUAGUAGGAGUCAGAAGCCUUAAUAUCUACUAGAACAUGACAGAUAAUCAUAAAUUUGAAGCUUCCCGACGUUUUAUAAUUAUCAAAGAAUGAUAAUACCCAUUGUAAAAUGUUUUUUUUUUCACUGUAAAUGUUUCUUACACAAGAAACGUGGAUGAGUUUAAGAUGAUCAUCUUUUAUCUCAAACAGUUCCCCUUGCCGUUCAGUUCCAAGGACACCUAUAAUCAAAAGAAAGAGAUGAGAAGCAAAGAAACUCGAUACACAGAUAUGAGCUAUUGCUUUCGGCUCAUUUGAAUACCCAGGAGAGAGUUUAUCCGUGGGUUCCACCCGGGGCUGUGUCUUUAAUAGAUCCGGGUUUAACCCUUUUAGUUUACAAAAAAAAAGAAACUCGAUACAAAGGACACCCUUCAACAAACUAGAUGCCUAUUAUAUAUACAGGUUUGCAUUAUCCCUAAAGUUGACCAACGAACCGAACGGUUAAAUUAAAAGGCACGGUUCAUGAAUUUUAAACCAGUUUAACAAUUGGACCGGUCGAACCGUAUAAAAAGUCUGAAGACGUACUAGCCGGCUAAAAAAUAGAAUUCUCACAAAGGCCCAUGAAAGCCCAAUUAUGGUAUCCUGCUUUCUUAUUUGGUGUCUGUCUACCUACUUAGGAAAUACACAAAUACUAACCGGAAAAUAACAAUCUGGUUCUCAUCCGGUUCAACAAUCUAGAAUAACAAUAGAAAUCUAUGCAGGCCUGUAAAUCCCCACUUGUCUGGCCCCAUACACAGGUUGAUCGAUUCAAAGGUUUUCAGGGUUUUUUUUGCAUCUAACUACUAAGAUUCUAAUUUAUAUUUCUGUUGAGACACACAUGUGAGCAUAAUCUAGGAUUUGGAAACUUAAAUUUAUUCUGUAUUUUGCAAUUACAACCAUGUAGCUUGCACGUGUGUCCUAGCCAAUAAUAAAUUGGCACGUGUAAUUUACCAAGAAGACAAAAUCGUCAGCGAGAACUCCUGAUUGUGGCGUGGAUCAGACCAGCGUUGUUGAUGCUUAGGCAUGGGGCAAGUACCAGGGUCUGUCUCUAUCAUCAACAACAUUUUCUUUAUUCCAUUACCAUAUUUUAUUAAUUGAUCCAAACGAAAUUCAAUAGAAAUUCUUAUAUUCUAUCUAUAAAAAUUAAAAACCAAUCUUUGUGUACCAUCAUCUGUCCUCUUCUUUGUUCAUCAUCUACAAGCAUAAUCAUUUCUACUGCAAAUCAUCUCUAUAACCUUUCUGUUCUUGUUUUUUGCAUUCUUAGAGGUUUUCUUUUUUCACCUUCAAGUUCAACCACUUAACUAUUCAUGUCUUUAUGCUAUGCUUUUAUUUGACGAUCGAUUUAUUAAUACUUUUUCAGAAAUGGAAGUCAACUCUACUGAAACACCAUUGCUUUCGUCAAACGAUCACGAAGCUGAAGUUUACAAACCGAAGUUAACCUGUUCGGUUUCUACAAUGAAAUCGAAUUUCUUCACGGGUUUGCCUCGAAAACUUCGGUCUAAAAUCGAUCCGGAAGACCCUUUUCACAUUGAUUUCUCCAACGUCGUCGGUCUUACUAGAGGUAACUAUAUACACAUCAAAGUGUUUUACUUUAUAAGUUAGAUGAUAAUAUUCUCACAAAUAUUAUAAGGAAAACUCCUCUCUAAAACAAUAUUUUGACCUUUAAAAGACGAGAAGAAAUACUACAAACGACAAUUGGCAACACUAAAAUCUUUUGAGGAAGUAGAAAGUUUCAUAGCUCGAUCUGAAGACCAUGUAAUCGGUGAAAAAAGAGAAGAAGAAGAUCGAGCUGAGAGAGCUGCACAAGAGAUGGCCAUGCAAAUCUCCAACUGGGCUAACAUAUUCUUACUUGCUCUCAAGGUAUAUGACUUUAUUUUAUACAUUGACUUGAGUGAUAUUAAUUCGAUGUCUAUAUGUUCAUCAAAUGUUUUAAAAUUUGUAGAUAUAUGCUACGUUAAAGAGUGGAUCAAUAGCAAUUGCAGCAUCAACACUCGACUCUUUGCUUGAUCUAAUGGCAGGAGGAAUACUUUGGUUCACACAUUUAUCAAUGAAAAACAUAAAUAUUUACAAAUAUCCCAUUGGAAAACUUAGGGUGCAACCUGUUGGAAUCAUCAUUUUCGCUGCGGUUAUGGCCACUCUUGGUAUAUUUAUUUGUACUCACAUCAAAACUAUAUAUUUGAUUAAAAUGUAAUAUAAAUUAAUUAACUAUAUGUAUUUGUGUAGGGUUUCAAGUUCUGCUUGUGGCAGCUGAACAAUUGAUUGCAAAUGAACCUCCAGAAAAAAUGAGUGAUGACCAAUUAGUUUGGUUAUAUUCAAUCAUGCUAAGUGCAACAGCUAUUAAACUUGUUUUGUGGAUCUACUGCAAAAGUUCGAGAAACCAUAUCGUCCGUGCAUAUGCAAAGGUACAUAUAGUUAUAUACAUACAUGUGCAUGUAGUUUUACUAUUUCAUGUAGAUUAAUUGAUGAGUUUUGAUAUAGGAUCACCACUUUGAUGUGGUGACAAACGUUCUUGGACUAAUCUCGGCCGUUCUUGGGAAUGCUUUCUAUUGGUGGAUUGAUCCUGCUGGUGCUAUUCUCUUAGCCAUCUACACUAUUAUCAAUUGGUCUGGGACCGUUAUGGAAAAUGCAGGUAACAUUUCAUUCUUUCCUUUUUGCUAAAAAGGUAACAUUUCUUAUUCAAUGUUGUUAGUUGUAUUUUUUAAUCUAAUAAAUACCAUUUGAGUUUUUCACUAUCUUUUUCUUGUAUAUAUUUAGUCUCAUUGAUCGGACAGACAGCUCCUCCAGAAGUUUUACAGAAGUUGACAUACUUAGUGUUGCGACAAGGCGCAGAUAAUAUUAAAUGUGUUGAUACUAUCCGCGCCUAUACAUUUGGUGUUCUUUACUUUGUCGAGGUUUGCUGAUAUAUAGCUUAGUGUUGUAAUUAUAUAUAUUUAUAAGUUAGAUACCACCUUCUGAUUGCACUUGACCAUAACAGAGUUCAUCAUUGCAUCAUAAUAAUAUUUGGUUAAUAAUCAUAAUUAACUUUGUGUAUUGUUUUAUAUGCAGGUGGAUGUAGAACUCCCAGAAAAUUUGCAACUAAAGGAAGCUCAUGCAAUUGGUGAAUCAUUGCAAAUAAAACUCGAAGAACUUCCAGAAGUGGAAAGAGCUUUUGUUCAUCUCGAUUUCGAGAGUCGUCACAAGCCUGAACACUCUGUUUUCUCUACAAUUCCAAAUGAUUUGUAAUAAUAUUUAUUUAUAUAAGAAAUAUUUAUUUAUAUAUAUGUGUUUUUUUAUGUCUUAGUACUAUCUGAUAUCUGUAACUUGAUAUAUUGCACUUUGAGUUAUUUAUUGUUGAGUU